AUGCGUGAGCAACGCAUUGGUAUCCUUGCCCUGCAGGAAACCCACCUAUCCGAAGAAUAUGUCCAUGACAUCCACAAAUUGUAUGGCCGUCGACUGUUUGUUAUCAACUCUGCUGACCCGCAGCGACCAACGGCAUCAGCGGGUGUCGCCUUCAUACUCAACCGAGAAAUUACAAACACUGCGGAUAUAGAGGUGGUAGAACUCAUACCUGGCCGCGCUCUACUGCUCUUCUCCACCUGGCAUAAGUCCAAGAAAUUCUCAAUCCUGAACGUUUACGCACCGAAUGAUUACACCAAACACCCAGAAUUCUGGCGAGAACUGUCCUCACCCUGGGCAAACAACCACCUCCCUAAACCCGACUUCAUGUUGGGUGACUUCAACCUGGUCGAGGAUCCUAUCGACAGAUCCCCACCACAUACUGACCCAAUACCAGCCACGGAUGCCCUCCGAGACGCACGCCUCACCCUCGAUGUUGUUGACGCUUGGCGUACAGACAACGGUAAUGACCGAACCUAUACUUACAUGAGUGCCCGCUCCCACUUCUCCCGUAUAGACAGAAUAUACGCACGACGUUCCCACUUAACUACCAUACGUGACUGGCAAAUAUGCCAAUCCAUAGUCCCAACUGACCAUAAACUCACCUCCAUCCGUUUUGCACCUACUGAUGCACCCCAAAUUGGCAGUGGCCGCUGGACAUGGCCGCUAGGCCUACUCAAUGACAACACACUCCUUGGGCAGGUUGAGGCCCUAGGAAUCUGCCUGAUCCAAGCCAUGCGGUCUGCAAAGGACACAAGAACAGCAACGGCAAACCCACAACGGCUAUGGGAAGAGUUUAAGCAAGCCAUCACCAACAUUGCUAAGAAAUAUGCUAAGACCUCCAUGGCGAAACUAACACACCGACUUCGAGCCCUGCAGGCUGAACUGAAACAAACCCAAAAUGACCCCAGUUUCGAUGACUCAGUGGAUCUCAGAAAACAUGCAAUGCUCCUGGAA